AUGCGCAUUUUUCGGCCCUUCCUUCUAUCACUGGGCAUUGCCAGAGUAUAUGCAGCUACAGCAACAACAUCAGCACAAUCAUCAUCUGUAACUGGUUGUCAUACUCAUGGCUCAAGCAUUUACUGCAUUGAUGGAGAUGGCCAAGAAGUUCUGGUUUCGGCCUCAUCUACCCCUACAACCGGAGUACCAGCACAAUACACUGGGUGUCACUCUCACGGAAGCCAGUCAUACUGCAUGGAUGGAGACGGAAACGAUGUCCUGAUUCAAGCAGAAGGAACGGAAUCCGAGACCGAGACCGAAGACAGUGAAGAUGACCAGGAGGAAUCCUCAAGCGAAGCUUCACAAAACUGCCACUUCCACGCUGGCGUCGAACACUGCACGAGUACAGGUGCAUCAGAGGAAACUAGUACUGGUUCAACGUGUACUGUCCAAGCAAGAGACUACGAUAUCCCUCUGAGGAUUGGCACAUUGUUCGUUGUCCUUGUCACUAGUUCAAUUGGUGUCUUUGCCCCUAUUCUCCUGAUGAAGCUUCCAUUUGCCUCUAUCAAUGGGGUAAUCUCGACCGUCAUCAAACAAUUCGGAACUGGCAUCAUCAUCGCCACGGGUUUCAUCCAUCUAUACACACAUGCGAACCUCAUGUUUACCAACGAAUGUUUGGGAGAACUCGAGUACGAAGCCACAACCUCCGCGGUAGUCGUGGCAGGUAUAUUCAUUGCUUUCUUGCUGGAAUACAUUGGCCACCGGAUUAUUGUUGCUCGCCACAGCAAGAAUAUCUCCGCAGAAACCAUACCGUCCGAGUCUCAGCAAACUCAGCAGAAGGGACAGCAUGAACACUCUUCGGCGCAACAGCAACAGUCCACGUUGGCUUCUCUUAGUCACAAUCACGGCUCGUUCGACCUUACCGGACCCGACAGUAAAUUUUCGGUCGUUGUCAUGGAAGCUGGUAUCCUGUUCCACAGUAUUUUGAUUGGCCUCACCCUUGUCGUUGCUGGUGACUCAUUCUACAAGACACUUCUUGUGGUGAUUGUGUUCCAUCAAUUCUUUGAAGGGUUGGCACUCGGUGCUCGUAUUGCAACCCUCCCCGGAGCUAUAUUCCCUAACAAAGCGUCCAUGGCGCUAGCAUUUGCCUUGAUCACACCUAUUGGCAUGGCUAUUGGGCUUGGUGUUCUUCACACCUUCAAUGGUAAUUCGCGGGGCACUUUGAUUGCACUAGGAACAUUGGACGCGCUGUCUGCUGGUAUUCUGGUGUGGGUUGGUGUCGUUGAUAUGUGGGCGCGUGACUGGGUCAUUGAGGGAGGUGAAAUGUUGAAUGCAAAGUUAGGAAAAGUUCUAACCGGUGGUAUUUCCUUCAUCAGUGGGCUGGUGCUGAUGGGGGUGCUAGGAAAAUGGGCUUGA